AUGAGUUUUCUCGCCGGAAGAUUGGCAGGCUCAGAGGGUUCCUACUUCCUGCAGGAAUCCAAACAGGCCGUGACCAAGAUUGUUCGCAGCCAGAGGAACAAUAACCCAAGCGGCGCUAAACCCCCGCUGCCCGCCGAAAACGGCGAAUUUCCACCGUCGGCGGCGGAUGUUCUCCCGGAGGUCCUGCGACACUCUCUUCCGGCCAAGGUUUUCCACUCUCCCGCGGAGGAUUUGGGCCCUUCCACUCUCUCCAGAGCUUCGAAAUGGGCUCUGAGACCCGACCCGAAAGUGUCUCCGCGCGCGUCGGCCGAUGCGCUCAAUCCCCUCUCGGCUUAUGUUUCUCUGCCCCAGGUCACGUUUGGAGCCAAAAGGUGGCAGCUGCCUGAUUCGGACAACUCGGUUUUAGCCUCGACUGCAAAUGAUUUGAGGCAUGACAAACACACCCCAAUCAACCCUGAGAAAUUGAAAGCUGCAGCUGAAGGCCUGACUCAAAUUGGUUCAGCAUUUGCUAUAGCUACAGCUAUUGUAUUUGGUGGUGCCACUUUGAUCUUUGGGCUGGUAGUCUCCAAACUCGAGCUGCAGAAUACUGAUGAUAUACGAACCAAAGGAAAAGACAUUGUUCGACCGAAGUUUGAAAUGUUCAGAGAACAGUUGGCACCCUUAAGAUCAUGGGCUGAUAACGUGUCGAAAAAAUGGCAUUUAGAAAGGGAAGAAUCCAUGAAAGAGAAGCCAUUAAUAAAGGAGCUUUCCAGAACAUUAGGCUCGCCGGAAAGUGAUUUGGGUCGUCCGAUGGCCGGAGGGGGAGGAGACGGGUUGACCCGCGGAGGCAAAGAGAAGGAGGCCAACGGCGAAGACGAUCAAAACGAGGUUGGAGGUUUUUUUCAUGGCAGAGUUUGUGUUAGAGACUGA